UGACGUCAGAAGUAAUUCACAUGGCGUUGUAAAAAGAAGAAGCUGGACAUUGCACAAUCUUUGAGAAAGAUUUUUUGUGUUUACUAGUGUAUUUUUAAUCAUUACACAUGUGACUGUAAGGAAAACUAAACAUCUAUCCUUGAAUUUGCGGAUAGAUUUUGUAUUACAUAGCCACAGAAAGGUCGAAAAUAUCAAAAUUUGUUGGGCCAUACGGUCGCACAAGGUAUUACGACUGGGCCAGUUGAAACUGCCUAAAAAAAACCUUAAAAGUGUGAAAAUUUAUCAAAACUACGUGUUGCUUGGAAACAAGUGUUCAAGUAUUUGUUUCUAAGAAAAAACUGUAAAAAUGGCCUCGAACGGUACAGAAGGCGAAACCAGCGCCGAUCGAAAUGUUGAAAUGUGGAAAAUAAAAAAACUCAUCAAGAGUUUAGAAGCAGCAAGAGGUAAUGGAACAAGCAUGAUUUCGCUUAUUAUUCCUCCAAAGGAUCAAGUAUCGCGUGUAAAUAAAAUGUUGGCAGAUGAAUACGGAACAGCAUCAAAUAUCAAAAGUCGAGUGAAUCGACUUUCUGUUUUAGGAGCAAUCACAUCAGUACAACAGAGACUUAAGCUUUAUAAUAAAGUACCUGCUAAUGGGUUAGUUAUUUAUUGUGGAACAAUUAUAACAGAAGAAGGGAAAGAAAAGAAAGUGAACAUAGAUUUUGAACCUUUCCGCCCAAUCAACACCUCACUUUAUUUAUGUGACAAUAAAUUCCAUACAGAGGCCUUGACCGCUUUAUUAGCAGACGACAAUAAGUUUGGAUUUAUUAUCAUGGAUGGUAAUGGGGCAUUAUUUGGUACCUUAUCUGGUAAUACAAGAGAAAUCCUACACAAAUUUACAGUUGAUCUACCAAAGAAACACGGCAGAGGAGGUCAGUCAGCUUUGCGUUUUGCUCGUCUCAGAAUGGAAAAACGUCACAACUACGUACGUAAAGUAGCAGAAGUAGCUGUUCAACUCUUUAUAACAAAUGAUAAACCUAAUGUAGCAGGACUUGUACUCGCUGGUUCUGCUGAUUUCAAAACCGAACUCAGUCAAUCAGACAUGUUUGAUCAGCGGUUACAAGCUAAGAUAUUAAAGAUUGUAGAUGUAUCAUAUGGUGGUGAAAAUGGUUUUAAUCAAGCCAUAGAAUUAGCUGCUGAUUCCUUAGCAAAUGUUAAAUUUAUACAAGAAAAGAAAUUAAUAGGUCGUUAUUUCGAUGAAAUUUCUCAAGAUACUGGCAAAUAUUGUUUUGGUGUAGAGGAUACGUUACGAGCGCUAGAAAUGGGAGCUGUUGAUACCCUUAUAGUGUGGGAAAACCUUAAUAUUACACGAUUUGUUGUACGAGAUCACUCCACAGAAGAAAAUCGCAUCUUAUUUUUACAACCCGAUCAAGAAUCCGAUAAAACAAAUUUCACAGACAAAGAUACUGGAGUUGAAAUGGAAAUGGUAGAACAAGUUUCGUUACUAGAAUGGUUUGCAAAUAAUUAUAAAAAUUUUGGUGCCACAUUAGAAAUUAUUACAGAUAAAUCCCAGGAAGGAGCUCAGUUUGUUCGAGGUUUUGGUGGUAUAGGAGGUAUAUUACGAUAUCAAGUGGAUUUCCAAAUACUGAAUCCUGACUUACAAGAAUACGAUGACUUUGAUAUUGAUGAUUAUUAAAUUAAUGCAGCAUAAAGUGGAUCAUUUUAUUCUGGACUAAAGAAGUGGAAGUGACUGAUAACCAUGUUAGAAACUGUUCCAUACAAGUUAUUGCUUUCAAAUUUUUGAAAAAAAAACUUCAUGGAUAAAAUGUAGAAUCUGUGAAUUUUUUUUAUUUUUUUUGGUCUGGGGUGAAACCCCUUGGAAAAAAUUCUGAAUUAUACCCCACAAAAGUGUUUUGUCGAUAUAUUUGCAUGUAGAUAUGCCCUAAAUAAAUUAUACAAAUUACGGUAUACAACGGUAACAGAAUUUAUUGAGGUCAGUCUUUCUCUUAGGGUAUAAAAUAUUUCCUAUAAAAUUCUAUAGUCUUAUCACUAAUUGUAGGGUAUAAUUCGGAAGAAAUGCUUGCGUUUAAGCACAUUGAACUUUUAUAUAAAAUUCAAAGAACCUUUCCUAGAAAGCUAUCAAAUCAAACUGGCUUGUAAAAAUAACAGGGAUAAUUUAUGAACUCGUUCUCAUGAAAAGAAACGGAUUCCUUGUAUAUUUUGUGUUAUCUUUUUCAUGUAAAAAUUUUAUUGACAUAAGAAUUGACUUGUUUUCUCAGAAGAAAUAUUUAUAAAUUAUAUGCUUGAUAAUGUUUGAGAUAUGAUUGUUUUAUCUCACGGUAUUUUUUCAGUGAAAUUGUAUUGUAUUACUAGUCUAGAAGAUAAGACUUUAAUUUAUUCUCUACCACAAACACUCCAAUUGAUUCUCUCAGAUUUGGUAUUUAUUCUUUAUGAUGUUGGCUUACUAAACAGGUGGUACCGGUGUUAUCAAAAUAAGUGCCGCUGUCAGAAGAAAAUUUCCCUUGUAACACAUUACAUGGCAUAUACUUGUCUUCAUAAGCCCAGUCCAUGCAGAAAAGUCAGAUGUUAAACACCUUUUUAUUUCUUUUUGAUGUGCCCAAUGUAGACAUUAGUAGAAUGCAUAAAGUCUGUGAAUGUGUGAAGAGAUUGAUUUCUUGAUAAAAUUUUCCAUUGCAUUCCUGUAAGAAAAACACCAUGUUGGUCUCAAAAUAACAUAUCAACAAUAUACAUGUAGACUCCAUAAACUGGCGAAUCUUCGUGAUUUGUCUCCCAGUUCAUUCAAUGUUUAGAAAAUCUGACCGGAUUUAUUGGAGUGUUUGUAAUCUGUUAAGAGAAGAUAUAGCCUGUUCAUAUUAAAAUUUUACCUCAGAAAGAAUAUGUUAAAUAUUUCAAGUUAAAUAUUGUACAUUUAUAGAUAUGUGAUCACUUAACUCCCGAAACCAGUUAAUGAAAACUGGAGACAUUUACCUAAAACAAUAUGUCCUUUUAGUGAUAUUUAUGAAACUGGUGUAUUUGGUAAUAAGUUUUAGUUGUGAAUUCAAACUUCGAUAUUUUUAUGGAAAUUUGAAGGCAAAACUAAGAAUUGUUAUUAUUGUGAGUUUAUGUAUCAGUAUGGCAAGUAGAAGACAAAAGAAUGAGUUUGCAUCAAACUCACUUUUGCUCAAUUUAUACAAUUGGAAUUUCUGAAUUUAUGCGAAUGAAUUUAAAUUAUAAAGAUUGGUGUUUUUGAACUCUUUAUUUCGCGCAAAUCUGAUUGAAUAUUUAAAUAUGCACAAUUUGUGUAAAGUAACUUAGUUUACACUUGUAUCUUUUGUUCGAAAAUUUCGAACAUCUACUUGAUCUUAGUUAAUAGUUCUUACUAUACAAGUAAAGAUUUAAAAAUCAAAAUUUAAAAUUCCUGAUAGUGCUACAAGUAAAUAUAUUUACGAUAUAUUUCCCACUUGCAAUAUAUUCAGACAAUAAGGGAAAUAGUAAUUGUCAGUUUUCCAGGUAAAUUCUUGAAAGCAGUUCAUUAUAUGCAAGUAUUGAUGGGGAAAAAUAAGGUUGUCUUUAAAUGAAACAUCAUAAUUAUUAUUUAUGAUGUAAAUUGGUUUUUGUCAAAUUGAUUAAUUAAUUUAUCUGAAAAUGAUUGUAAAUUAUGACAAUCUUGCAUUAAAGUAUUUGGAUACAUGCAUCUCAA